UUAAAGAGAAAAGUGACCUUCAUACGUGCAAAGCUACCCGUUGCUGAUGCAGCGAACACGUUAUACCUGUUGAAAGAAAACAUUGACAGCUCACAAUCGUAAUCAUAUCAAGCAUAAUGUUACGAAGCCUCUCUAGACAACUUUUGGUAUCUGUGAUGAGACAACGUUGGUACUGCACAUCGACAGACGGAGAAACACGGAUAGCCAACAUCCUCAAAGUCAAGUUUCCUGGAGCAAUAGAAAUCAAGGUCGAUGACAUAUCAGGAGGAUGCGGUGCCAUGUAUGAAGUCCACAUUGUUGCAGACGAGUUUAAGGGAAAGAGAACAGUUAUGCAGCAUAGAAUGGUCAAUGAGGCACUGGCAGAGGAAGUGAAACAAAUGCACGGCAUCCGCAUCAAUACACAGCCCACACAGGAGAAGGCAGACAGCUGACCUCAGACUGAACUGACCGAGAAGUUUUUGCUACGAAAUAUCACUUGCUACAGUGUAAAUGAAGACAAAAUACGUCCCUCAUUUGUGAAUAGUGAACAGAACAAUAAGGCCAUGUUGAUUUGAUUAUAUGGAUGACAUCCUCUGGGAACCCCAAAACUUACACGAGCAUGCGAAUAAAAAAAGUUUGGCUAAAAAAAGUUUCCUUCGUUAUGAAAUGUAUGGUAUAGCGAAUAAUAAUAGACUCUUAAUUUUCGUUUCUUCACAUUUUCUUCUUUUCCUGAAUUGAUUU